ACAUGAGGAUCGCGCCCGCAUUCCACUGGUUCUGUCACCUGCCUGUCACUGUCAACCACUCCGGUCUUCGCUUCGUACCACGUUUAUGAAAGGCUCAGGUUGAAUUGCACUUUUGGGGCUGAAUCUGACGUCUGUUCCUGACGUUUUUGUUGGUUUGGGGACGCUCAGGACGUGGGCGUUACGCACCCCUCUGCACCGUCAGGGUUUGAACCAAUCAGACUGGGCCACGGCAUGUGAUGGAAUCCCGCUCCUCCGAGUGUUGAACGUUUGACUUCCGUGCGUAACUCUCCCCUGCUGAGGUAUCUCACGGUGGGCACCAUACACCUCAAGCCAGGAGAUCAGUGGUGAGAUUUCGCCACGUCAGAAGACUGCCGGACUUUAUUAAGAAGAGUUAUGAUCAGGAUAUCGUGUUAGCGUCAUCUUUUGUGUGGCGAGCUAACCUCACCGAUCGCUGCGGGCUACUUACUUCAUUCUCGGCCUCCACAGUGAACGUACGCAGAGGCAAGAUAGAUUCAUCGGCACACGGGGGGAACAUCGCCGGCGUAAUCAGCACGGAGGCACCGCGGCGCGCGGCAUCGCCGUAUCGCCGCCUCCAGGCAGGAGCCUGCGGCCACGACGUCAACAUUUGAAGAGACAAAAUUGAUUGUCUACAUGAAAGAAGAUUCCAUCAUCCCAGCGUGAGAGAACAUUCCAGCCAGAAGGGAAAAGGCCAAGACGGAGUGAAGGAGCAAUAUGGCGACGUCGGGCGUAGUUUGCGUCUUGGUGUGCUGGUGCGGCUUGCAAGUGAUGGCCGGUCCGAGAGUUCCCUACCCGACCAACGUACGUGGCAUGGUGGGCCUGUCGGCGAAGUUACCAGCCAGUAUCAGCCAAGACAACCUCAUCAUCUCCCUGACAUGGAGCAAGAUCGACGGGUCGGUGGGCGGGACCCGGGAGGCCGUCCUGAUCUACUCCCCGGCCACCAACACAAAUAUCGCGCUGGGGUCAGUCAAGGGGAGGUCGACGCUGAAUGAAGACGGCUCCCUGGUCAUAGACAAUCUGACACUGACGGACGGCGGGCUGUACGUGAUGACUGUACUGAUCAAUACCAUAGGCCAGGUGGAGCAGUAUGUACAACUGAAAAUUCACGUCCCGCCAAGCGUUUCAAUAGAUUACGCCGGAUAUCCCAUCCAAGUUAUCGAAGGGACGUCAACAACGAUCAACUGCACGGUGCUCAACUCUAGUGCCUUGGUUCAACCUGCUUACUGGACUAAAGAUGGCGUCAAGCUCGAUGAUUCGAACCUGGGUUCCUUUAGGACCGUACGACUUGAUGAUACGGGGGACACCAGUAGUUUGUCCCUCCUUAUCCCGGAUGUGACUCGCGCAAGGGACAGUGGGAAUUACAGCUGCGUUGCGGUGCAUAUAGGAGGCGUGGCGUCAGAUUCUGUCAACAUGGAAGUGUUAUAUCCAGCGGCGGUCACAAAUAUGUCUACUGCCGUCACCAUAGAAGAGGGGAAGAACCUGGAUCUAUUUUGUCAGGCGGAGGGAUACCCGCCGCCGAACAUCACAUGGUACCGAUCCGCACAAACAGGCCCCCUCCUGACAACCAUAGGAUACUACACGCUGGAAACGGCCGUUCUGACUCUACCCGUUUUGACUUUGAACGACACACAGGACUACACCUGUGCCGCUUGGAACGGGAUUGGAACCCAGGACCUCAAGUCUGUGUCUGUAACUGUGAUAAAGGCUAAAAAGAUUCCAGUUCCGCCUGUGACUAUUCCUGAUCCAGAGGAGGUGGAGAAGACGUCGUCGGAGACAUGGCCGCUGUUCCGGAUCGCCAUCUUCGCGGGUGCCGCGGCGGGGGGAGUUCUGGUCAUCACGGUCCUGCUGCUGGGCGCGCUGGUCGUCUGCAGGAAGGACCGCAAUCACGAGAACCACACGCAGUGCCGAUUGGUCAGCAUCGUUCCACCAAUCACAGACGCCGAGAUGGAGAUGACGACUAAAGAGAUCAGCCCGGGGACGACUAUGUCGAGGGACAGUUACUCUACAACAAGUCUGCUAUCAGAGAAAUGCGUUGCCAAGGCGAUCGAACCCUAUGACGUCAACGAGCCGGGCCUGCUGAAGCUGAAAGUCGGCGACAUGGUGGAGGUGCUGAAGACCGGAAGUGACGGGUGGUGGUACGGCUGCACGCAAGGCAAGAUGGGAGCAUUUCCGGCCGGCUGCGUGACGAUGGUGAAAAAGCCGGCAGCUACUGACACAAGUAAUGGACACCUCUCCGGCGGCCAGACAGGAGGCGCUCAGUGUUCUGCAGACGAUGACAUGAAGUCGUCCCGUUACGUCACCGUGUACAGCACCAUACCUGUCGGCACUCUCAAGAGAAAGGCUCAGGCAGAGGAGGAGACAAAACUCCAGGAGACUUCCGCCACACUGCCCAAACCGACCACUUUACCAAAACCGAAGACACCGGUCAUCCCAGAACCCCCAAAGGUCCCCACCUCAGCGACCAUGUCCGGUUCUGCAACGUUACCAGCCAAGGAAACACCCAAGCCCAAAACUCCGACAACGCCAGUACCUCCACCACAAACACCUAUACCCACAUGUUCGGAAAAGGUUGCCGAGCGCUCGCGGGUAGAAUACGUGGAAACAGAUCUCGACGACGACGAAACUAUAAAGGCCAUGACCUUAAAAAUGCAGAAGCUCAACCCAAGCCUCCUGAACCCGAGCCAUUACGAAACGAGACUGUGACUAUAAGGCGGUGAUUCUCAGUUGCCGUCUGAACUCUUUUGGAUGACGAAUGUGUGUAAAAAAAAAGUUAGCAUCCCUGUCGUUUUGCAAUGGGGAAAACGUGAACAAAUCGUGACCAGAUUGUCUAUGAAAUUUGUCACAGGCACCGCGCCAUGCACACAAACGGAUAAGACAUUGGAUUCCAGUCCAUUGACUAUGGAUUGUAAUAUAGAAGCGGAUGUAUCGUGUUGCCGUGCAAAUUCACAUCUGGUAAACGUCGAAGAUGGCGUAGACUCUAUGUCUUCUGUGACGUGAUUUUCGGCGUUGUAACGAACGCUGUAACGGCGUUGUAAUCUGCGAUGACAAUGACAUGUCAUCGUCGUCGUUGUUGUUGUUGUUGAUCUUGUUGGAUCUCGUUGUCAGAUGUCAAGAACAUGUUGCCGUGAGGCAAGCUGCUGGACAAAGGAGAAUCCCUCUGACGGUUGGAUCUCUACAAGCUUUGAUCUGCGGACCUUAUUGGCCGUUGAAUCUGGUUUUGAUUGAACGUACUGGAAUUUACCAUGACUGUACAGAGAAUCAAAUGGGUACCCUAUUGCCAGUGCGAGCAUCAUCAGGGAUGGUGUGCUACGUACAUGUAGGCAGCAUUGGAAAAGACGUUUCAAUGAAAAAUGCAUAGACCUGUGCGAGCAAGCUAAAAGUCACGACUAUUAGGAAUAAUCGCUUUCGAUAGCACGAUCGUUUAGGCAGUGUGAGGGUAGGAAUUGGAUGUGAACGUUACAAGGGCUAACCAUCUCAGGACUUCGAAUGAGUGAACCGCAUGGAUGUAUGCGCAACUGCGCUCACAAGUUGCCGACGCUAUAUGGGGAAAGGAAACGCUAUUUCUUAGAACUUGGAGUUCUGGAUAAGAAGGCUAUGUGUUGCAAAAGUAAUUAUCAUAAGAUGCAUCACUAACGAUGAAUGCCAUUGGACAAGAGGACAUCCGAACAGGUUGUUACUACUACCUCUACCAGCCUCACUUUCAGCCGGAAUUUCCAACAUGGCGAUAACCGCGCAUGCGUACUGCUUGCUUUGAGGACCCUCGCGACCGCACUGCCUCCUGGGAAGGGACGAACCAUUAAUGCUUGCUACUGAAGGACACGAAACGAGUCUAUUGGGAAAAGAUGCCGCCUGACUAACAAUGUCGUCCUGGCUUGAUUUGAGAUACUAUUUGCUUGUUGUUGAGCAAACAACGUCACUAACAUAGUAUGUGAAAUUAUAGAGAGAACGUGUCUUUCCCUUGCUGUGGUAGUCCAAAACCAGUAGUGCCCAUCCCUUAAACUAAAGAUGAAAAUCUAAAAAAAUUACGUCCACAAAGAUACAAAGAUAAAAAUGAAAAAAAUUAUUAAGUCCACAAAAUAUAUAUCUAUAUAGCAAAAACUUUAUGGUAACAAGAAGAAAAGUUUGAAAGUAGUCGGUAAGACAAAUAUAUUGCUGGCGAUAUUUGUAACAUGUUAACCUGUGAUACCCCCCUCCCUCAUCUUUGAUCAGCCAUUUGUAAUGCUGUGAUCUAUACAUAACAAAAACACGAAUUCAUAAUUAUCUCAAUGUAUAUUACAUCGUAACAAAAGAAAUUUUGGCAACGACAAUAAACGUAAAAAUUCUAUCACGUUUCUUUUAACGUAAAAAUGUACUCACUGUGUACACAAGAAGUUAGCCUAACAGGCUUUUUCGUGAAUGUGUUUCUUAAAAGACAUUUUUCAGGUAAAAAGUGGGGAAACACGAGCUUGAUAUCCCUUUAUACUAACAAAUUUGCUAUGCUUUCCACUGUGACCUGUUUAAGAACAGUGUACCAGUAAUAUAUAGUUCCGUUCUAUAUUGUGACGAGGUAUAUGCCGUACAUGGUUAGGUGCCCUUUACUGUUUUAUAAUGUCCUCAAAUUAGAACACAUACAAGAUCGCCUACUUCUGUCUGAAUGUCUGUAUAUUACAAGAUUACAAAGUGUUGAUCACUUUUAGGACGUGAAAUACUUAAAGAAACGAGCUUUGUGAUUGGAUACUUUUGUAUAUUCUCGCACAAUUCUACUUUUAGCAAACGUCCUCGCUAAGCAUAUAAUUUCGCUAUUUAAAGAUUGAAAAUAUAAAGUAUC